CCGAAAGUUCUUAGAACACACAGCUGCUCAGAUGGAAGAUAAAAAGCCCUUUAUCCUCUCUUCCAUGAGGCUUCCUCUCCUGGACACCAACAGCAAGGUGAAGCGGGCAGUGGUGCAGGUGAUCAGUGCCAUGGCCCACCACGGCUACCUGGAGCAGCCUGGAGGUGAGGUGAUGAUUGAGUACAUCGUGCAGCAGUGCGCGCUGCCCCCCGAGCAGGAGCCUGAGAAGCCAGGUCCCAGCAGCAAGGACCCCAAGGCCGACAGUGUGCGGGCCGUCAGCGUGCGCACCCUCUACCUGGUCAGCACCACCGUGGACAGGAUGAGUCACGUCCUCUGGCCGUACCUGCUCCAAUUCCUCACUCCUGUGCGCUUCACCAGGGCCCUGACUCCGCUCUGCAGGAGCCUCGUGCAUCUGGCGCAGAAGAGGCAGGAGGCCGGGGCGGACGCCUUCCUCAUCCAGUACGACGCCCAUGCGAGCCUCCCGUCUCCCUAUGCUGUAACCGCAAGACUGUUGGUUGUGUCUUCCAGCCCCUACCUGGGGGACGGACGUGGGGUGGCGGCGCUGCGUCUCCUCAGUGUUCUGCACCCUAACAUUCACCCUUUGCUGGGUCAGCAUUGGGAGACGACUGUCCCGCUGCUGCUGGGGUACCUGGAUGAGCACACGGAAGAGACCCUGCCACAGGAGGAGUGGGAGGAGAAGCUGCUGAUGUUCCUGCAAGACACCCUGGCCAUCGUUUCUGACAACACGUGGAUCUGCCAGCUGAGCCUGGAGCUGUGCAGGCAGCUGCCCUGCUAUGAUGAGGCACCCCAGGAGAAGAACUUCCUGUACAAAUGCAUAGGAACCACCCUGGGUGCUGCUUCAAGUAAGGAGGUGGUGAGGAAGCACCUUCAAGAGCUGCUGGAAACAGCCAGAUACCAGGAGGAGGCAGAACGUGAGGGCCUCGCCUGCUGCUUCGGGAUCUGUGCCAUCUCCCACCUCGAGGACACGCUGGCCCAGCUGGAGGACUUCGUGAGGUCAGAGGUCUUCAGAAAAUCCAUCGGCAUUCUCAACAUUUUUAAGGAUCGAAGCGAGAACGAGGUAGAGAAGGUGAAGAGUGCUCUGGUCCUGUGCUACGGGCACGUGGCGGCCCGGGCCCCCCAGGAGCUGGUGCUGGCCAAAGUGGAGUCAGACAUCCUCCGGAACAUCUGCCAGCACUUCAACACCAAGGUUCUGGGAGUAAAGGUAGAAACCAAGGACCCAGCCUUGAAGCUGUGCCUCGUCCAGAGUGUGUGCAUGGUCAGCCGCGCCAUCUGCAGCAGCACCCAGGCUGGCUCCUUCCACUUCACCCGGAAAGCAGAGCUGGUGGCACAGAUGAUGGAGUUAAUCAGGGCAGAGCCCCCGGACUCCCUGAGGACACCUAUUCGGAAGAAAGCCAUGCUCACCUGCACUUACUUGGUCUCUGUGGAGCCGGCGCUGGACGAGCAGGCCCAGGCGGAUGUGAUCCGUAGCUGCCUGCACAGCGUCAUGGCCCUGCUGCCUGAGCCCAAGGAGGAGGACGGAGGCUGCCAGAAGUCCCUGUAUCUGGAGACACUGCACGCCCUUGAGGGUCUGCUGACGAGCCUCCUGCAGCGGAACAUGACCCCCCAAGGCCUGCAGAUCAUGAUUGAGCACCUGAGCCCGUGGAUCAAGUCCCCAAGAGGUCACGAGCGGGCGCGGGCCCUGGGCCUGAGCGCCCUCCUGCUGCGCCACUUCCUGGAGCAGCUGCGUGUCAGCGCCCUGGUGCCCUUCCACAACCUGGGCCUUCUUGUUGGCCUCUUCUCCCCACGGUGCGCGGACCUGUGGCCUGUCACCCGCCAGGAAGCCGUCGACUGCGUCUACUCCCUGCUCUACCUCCAGCUUGGCUAUGAGGGCUUCUCCCGGGACUACCGCGAUGACGUGGCGGAGCGGCUCCUCAGCCUCAAGGAUGGCCUCGCGCACCCUGACCCCACCAUUCUCUUCCACACCUGCCACAGCAUAGGCCAGAUUAUUGCCAAGCGCCUCCCACCUGACCAGCUCAUCAGCCUCUUGCUAACCAUGUUUGAGGCCCUGGGAGACCCCGAAAAGAACUGCUCCCGAGCAGCUACCGUCAUGAUCAACUGCCUGCUGCAGGAGCGGGGCGGCGUGCUCCAGGAGAAGGUGCCUGAGAUCGUGAGUGUGCUGCGCUCCAAGCUUCAGGAGGCCCAGGGAGAGCACGUCCUGCCGGCUGCCCAGCACAGCGUGUACCUCCUGGCCACCCAGCACUGCGCGGCCGUGGUGUCCAGCCUCCUGGGCAGCCCCCUGCCCUUGGACAGCCAUACCUCCAUGCUGUGGCGGGCGCUGGCGGUGGAGCCUCGCCUGGCUGCUCAGGUCCUGGGACUACUGCUGGAGAAGAUGAGUAGGGACGUCCCAUUCAAGGAGACCCGGGCCUUCCUGCUGGGCCGCACCCCAGACCGUGUGGCCACGCUGCUGCCUCUCUCGGCCACCUGUGCACUAUUCGAGGUCCUGUCCACGCCUGCAGCGGGGCCUGCGGUGCUAGAGCUCUACCCGCAGCUGUUCGUGGCGCUUCUGCUGCGUGUCAGCUGCACCGUGGGUGUCCAGCUGCCCCGGAACCUGCAGGCCCAGGAAAGGAGGGGAGCCAGUCCAGCCCUAGCCGCCAGGAACCUGGAACCCUGCAGCUCUGCAGUGGACACCCUGCGGGCCGUGCUGCUCCGCAGCGGCAGCGAGGACGUGGCACAGCGCAUGGACCUAGAGGGAGGCUGGGAGCUGCUCAGGACCUCGGCGGGGCAUGAGGAGGGGGCCACCAGGUUGGCCAGGGCCAUGGCUGAGCAUGCAGGGCCCCGGCUCCCCCUGGUGCUGAAGACACUGGCUUGCACACACAGCAGUGCAUAUGAGAACCAGAAGGUGACCACCACCGCCUUCCUGGCCGAGCUGCUGAACAGCAACGUGGCCAACGACCUGAUGCUCUUGGACUCGCUGCUGGAGAGCCUGGCGGCUCGCCAGAAGGACACAUGCGCCAGCGUGCGAAGGCUGGUGCUCCGCGGCCUGGCCAACCUGGCCUCCGGCUGCCCUGAUAAGGUGCGAGCCCACGGCCCCCAGCUCCUCACAGCCAUGAUUGGCGGGCUAGACGACGGGGACAACCCUCACAGCCCGGUGGCCCUGGAGGCCAUGCUGGGCCUUGCAAGGCUGGUGCACCUGGUGGAGGCCUGGGACCUGCGCUCAGGGCUGCUGCACGUGGCCAUCCGCAUCCGGCCUUUCUUCGACAGCGAGAAGAUGGAGUUCCGCACAGCAUCCAUCUCCCUCUUUGGGCACCUGAACAAAGUCUGCCAUGGAGACUGUGAGGACGUCUUCCUCGAGCAGGUGGUGGGUGGGCUGGCGCCCCUGCUGCUGCACCUGCAGGACCCUCAGGCCGCCGUGGCCAGCGCCUGCAGGUUCGCCCUGCGCAUGUGUGGCCCCAACCUGGCGUGUGAAGAGCUCUCAGCCGCUUUCCAGAAACACCUGCAGGAGGGACGGGCCCUGCACUUCGGGGAGUUCCUCAACACCACCUGCAAGCACCUGAUGCACCAUUUCCCAGACCUCCUGGGCCGCCUGCUGACCACCUGCCUGUUCUACUUCAAGAGCAGCUGGGAGGACGUCCGAGCUGCUGCACCACUGUUCACUGGUGAGCAGCACCCCCUGCCCCGCCCCCAUGCCACCCGGCAGCCCUGCCUGAUGCCCCCACUUCACAGGGUUCCUGGUGCUGCAUGCAGAGCCCAGGCAGCAGCCGCAGGUGGACCUGGAUCAGCUCAUUUCGGCGCUCCAGAUCCUGCUGAAGGACCCGGCCCCCGAGGUGCGGACCAGGGCUGCUGAGGCCCUGGGCCGCCUGGUGAAGCUCGCCUGAGGCUCCGGCCGGCGCCCCCAGCAAGGAGUACACACCCAGACCUGUGCCUGAGCUCCAAGACAGGGCCUCCCGAGGACCCCAGCCUGGGCACACAGCUGGAGGGGCCUGGCCCCAGAACACGCCCUGCCAGGGACCAAACCGCAGCCCCUCAGUGAGGCCAGACAGGGUGUGGGAGUCUGUGUGCCCAAUAAACUCAUCUGCUCCCAGCGAGUGACUGACAGGAUGCAGUGCCGCGGCCUCUUAGGGGACGGGCCAGAGGGUGCCCUGGGCUGGGCGUGUUGUCCCCACUGUUUUUGCAAAAUUGAGGGGAAGGCUCGGCGCUGUGGUGGGGGCGGCUUUGUUGGCAACCCCAAUUCAAGAAGGUGGGAGCACCAGGCAGCGCAGAGUAAGGCUCUAUUGACUUCAGCACAACCGCCCCAGCCUGACGUCGGCGGGACAGCUAGGUGAAGAGGCGGAUGGUCCCGUCUGCCCCCGAGGAGAAGACCCAUGGCUGGGUGGGGUGGAAGACGACGUCCAGCACUCCCAGGUCUCGUGUCAGCGCGUGUCCCUUCAGCACCUUGACGGGCACCAGCAGGGGGUUCUGCAGAAGGUCACUGUGGGGACGAGGAGGGCUCAGGACAUGGACAGACACUACUGCCCUGGGGAGGGGGCCAGGCAGGGUCAGCACUCACUUGUACACCAUGCCAUGGCAGACGAUGACGCUGCCGUCGUCUGAGCCUGACGCGAAGAGUGGGUACCGGGGGUGGAAGGCCACAGCCCGCAGAGCCUUCUUGUGGUGUCUGGGAGAAGGAAACCAGGUGGAAGGCAGGCUCAGGCUGGAGGGAGGGGCUCUGCUGGCCUCCUCCACCCCCAGCUCUCCUCACCUCAGCAUCCUGUAUGGCUUGGUGGAAAGAUCCAGGUCAAACCACA